AUGCCAACCCGAGCACACAAAGCACGAAAAAAGCGAGGACACGUCUCGUGUGGUCACGGAAGAAUUGGUAAACAUCGCAAGCAUCCUGGUGGUCGUGGUAAUGCGGGUGGUCAGCAUCACCACCGUAUCCUCUUCGAUAAGUAUCACCCUGGUUACUUCGGAAAGGUUGGUAUGCGUCAAUUCCACGUAUUGCGAAACCGAAGCUUUUGCCCCACCAUCAAUGUUGAUAAGAUAUUCAAUGCUGCUGGCCCAGGUGUAUACGAAGCUGCAAAGAAUGGAGCUGGUAAGGCACCAGUAGUUGAUCUGGUGAAGCUGGGAUAUUUCAAGCUUCUGGGAAAUGGUCAAAUUGACGUACCUGUCAUUGUCAAGGCGAAGUACUUCUCGAAGCUUGCCGAGAAGAAAAUCAAGGCAGCUGGUGGAGCUUGCUUGCUGAUCGCAUAA